GGGUCACAAAUCGCCACAAAGUUACAGGGGGAGACAGAAUGAUCUCUCUUCUCCUGCUGGGUAUCUUUUACCUCACAGCAGGUAUAUUUCCUCAGGAUGUGGUUGUCCAGCCCCAUCUCUCAGUGACAACACAGAGCGGAGAUCUUGUCACCCUGGAGUGUACUAUUGUCACUACCCGUCUCAUAAACUGGAUUUGGUUCAAACAGUUUGUGGGUCAGCCUCCUAGAUACAUAGCGACUGCCUAUGGGAAUACAGAUAGAGUCACUUUUUAUGAUGAAUUUGAAAACAAUCCCCGUUUCACAGUAAGGAAAGAAAGCAGUCGCUUCAUUUUGAGUAUUUCCCAGGUGAGGCCCUCAGACAUGGCCACAUAUUACUGUGGAGCUGUGACCUACAGUGACGUGCUUUUUGGGAAUGGAACUGCACUUCUUUUGACAGAGGGUGAGUCCAGGAGUAGUGUGUGUGAGGCAGUGUGUGUGUCUGAGCACACAGGACAGCAGCUGUGUAUGCAGUGUGUGACACACAGGGAGAUGGUCUCCCAGAAUCCCAUCAUAUCUGGUGGAGCUCCCUGCCACACUGCAGGAACUGGAAGAUGCCUGGGCUCCACUAAUACAACACAAACAGACAUGACAGGCUGUGUGCAGUGUGAUGAACAGAUAAAACUUUUCUUCUGGCUGUCUUGGGCACGAACUGGAGGGCUUUGUAUUACAACAGUGAUGCUACUUCUGGUCUUACUAAGAUGCAGAGAAAAAGAACAGGUCACAGAAGUGCUGAUUUACGCUGCCUUGAGUUUUACUGAGAGUGAUGCUAGGCCUGGUAAGAAGAGGACUGAGAUGGACAGACAGUGUUUUCCCAGGUCCAGUGAAACCAAUGUAAUUGAGUGUUCUGGAUGUUGUGCCUGUCUCCAGGGAGGAAAGAGCCAUUUCAAGAUGAAUUAAUUACUGCCAUAUUCUCUUCCACUGGAGCACUGCAAAGGAAGCUAGCCUUACCAUGGUAACUGAUGAUGGUUCUACUCACCUGUCAGUCAGCCGGUUGCCAUGGUACACAAACAGACUGGAAACCUGUUCCACCUGUGUGCCAUUUGCUACUACAUUCUUCUCAAGUGGAUCAGCCCAUUUAAAAUCUGUUUUGACCUUGCCCGGGGCUCUGUUAUAUAGUUUUGCCUGGAGCUUCAGUUGAGUUUUCAAGCUUUGUAUAACCUACCUUGUGUUACACUCUCUGGAUUCCUAGCUUCGCUUUGUCUCAACCUUGCCUUUGGAUUUUCCCUGUGCUUGCUCUAGUCUCUAGAAAGACUGGGCAGACAGCAAAGAUAAAAUAGCACAGAAGAUCAAAAGCUGGGAGAGGG